AUGUCGGCAGCUGCAGAACAAAGGAAACAGAUUCGGCAGCUCAUGGGAGGCCAUGAGGUGCAUUACAGCCGUUACAAUAGAGGGCAAUUUGAUAAAGAUAGAUAUUUGAGGAAUGAGCUGACGGAUCCAAGGGUAUGUAAAUCGUACUUGGUUGGUGAAUGUCCCUAUGACUUAUUUCAAGGUACUAAGCAAAGUUUAGGUCGCUGCCCCCAGAUUCAUCUUGCAAAACACAAGCUGAAAUAUGAAAGAGAAACCGAAAUAGAAGGGAAAAGGUAUCCAGAAUUCGAACGAGAGUAUUUUAUGAUAUUAUCAAAAUUCGUAAGUGAAUGUGACAAUCAAAUAUCGGUGGCAAUUAGAAAACUAGAACACACACCUGAGGAAAAGAAACUUAUACAGCAAGUGACAGCAGAACUUGACAAUAUAGAUACUAAGAUUGCUUUGAUGACCGAGGAAAUUGAGAUUCUGGCCCAUAAUAAUGAAACCACAAAGGCCCUUUUGCAAUCAGUAAAACUACAAAAGCUUAAACAAGAGAGAAAAAUAGUAGCCAAAAAGGUACGAAACAUUACAGAAAAUGUGGGCCAAAGUGCACAACAGAAAUUACAGGUAUGCGAUGUGUGUGGUGCCUACCUUUCCAGACUAGACACUGAUAGAAGACUUGCUGACCAUUUCCUGGGCAAAGUGCAUAUUGGAUACGCUAAGAUGAGAGAACAAUACAUGUACUAUAAACAAAAAUUGAAUCGUUCUUAA